GAAAUUAAUCCCUGAUCCCCCGCCAUGCCGUGCUCCAACAUCGACCAUGUGGAGAUCUACGUCCCCGAGGACCAAUUCGAGCACGUCAUAGAUUGGUACAAGGCCGCCCUGAUGCCAUUAAAAUAUCGGGAAGUGAAGCGAUCGGCAACUCUCGCUGGGCUCGGUAUCGCGGAGCCGAACUUUUGGAUUAGGAAACGGGACGUGAAGAGCCCUGGGAUGCAUGUCGCGUUCAUGGCACCAGAUCAUGAGACAGUAUGGGCCUUCUACGACGCUGCGUUGGCGGUGGGUGGCGUGAGCAACGGCGCGCCUGGUUUGCGGCCGGAGAAUAAUGAGACGUAUUUCGCUGCGUAUGUGUUGGAUCCUAUGGGGAAUAAUAUUGAAGUGGUUGAUCAAAGUUCGCAUGAGGAGGAGUAUCGCUAGGGUUUCUGUUUUGUACUCUAGCCAGGGACCGGUGAUGUAAAAACGCUUCUAUUCUCUGUCAUCUAAGUCUAGACAUUAGCUUAAUUAAUGCAUGUUAGAUCUAUACAAAACCUGGUAUCAACCUCGCGACCUAGGUCGAUGAUAGUCCUUGAGUUCUGAUAACAGGACGGCGACUGUCAGAUAUCAGCACAAUCUAGGGCAGGAGAUCCAUAACAUCUUAUGACCAUGAUAGACUAGAGAGGAGGAGAAGUAUGCUUGAGAGGAAGUCAAUGGCUUGUAGCUGACUCAAUAAACUUUAUGAGAUUGAUGAAUGAUAUGAUGGCAGGGGCUGAGAUCAGGAGGCAUGACUGGUAACCAAGACCAAUCAGUCAUAGACCAUCCUCCAGUUAGUCAGAUCAGUUCUCACGCCAUCUCUCUCUCCAUCUAUUUUAAUCACCAUUG